AAAUUUUCAGAGAAAGUGAUUACACUUGUGAGCGAAUUGUUUUUCUUACCAAACACGAGGUCUCUUACGCGUGACUAGGCUUUACCCAACAAUAGUAAGCACACGUUUAGUGCUGCAUUCGACGUAACUAUCUUUUACCCAUCCAGCCGGAAUCUGUCGCCACAGACGACAUAACAAUAACAGAACAGGAUAUUUCAUAAACAAUUCAAUGCAGCAGACGUUUAUUUACACAAACAAAUGUAAAUAAAAUAUGUAAAAUGCAUAUUUUUAGAGAAUUCUACAAAAAAAAUCGUAAAUAAGGAUACAAAGAAAGUGUUUGAUUUCUCAAAGAGGAAUUGUCACCUUUCAAUCAGUACACGUGAGGGCGUUUAACUUGAUGACUGUAAUGUUAUACAUGGGAGAAAGUGUUAAGAGAAGCAAUUUGUGUCAAAAUUAUUUCAUCAAGCUGCUGAUAAGAUCUCAAAGCAAAUGACGAGGAUCUAUAUAAAAGCGUAAAUCAAUACCUCAUCAAGGAAAGAUCUUAGAUCUAAUCAAACUACUUAAAUUAUCGCUAAAUAUACUCCGCAAUUUACACUUCUUUAAUAUUCCAUUUCAUCGGAUUCUAAAAUCGAACGGAGAUGAUGGCUUUCAAGAUCCUGAUUGUUUCUUUCGUGUUUAUUUUUGGAAGCGUGAAUAUGUCUCCGUUUGCCCCUCGAACAAUAGAACCUGAUGAAAAUGAAAUCAGGGACUUGUUUUACAUGAGUAAGCAAGAAGAGCUGUUUUUGGAAGAAAAUUCUGUCGAUAAUACCGUUGUCGAGAAAGUAAAAACACGAAUUUUGAAAGGUCUCAAUAUGACAGAACCACCGAGAACUUUUCAACCCAUUCCUCCACUUCUGCAUUUUAUUCCACAAAAUAAUUCGUGGUCUGGUUUUAUCAAAAGCAAGACUGCAUCUAAAACCAGUGAAAAUGGGAUGAGUGAGUUCUUCUUAUCAGAACUUGUUCCAAACACGUGCUUUGACCAAAACGUUGUCCGUUGCAUCAGAUUCCAAAUAGAUUUGAAAGGCGUGAAAAUUGUUGGUAAAACGGCUGAAAUAUGGCUGUACAAAAGAGAAGGCAUCCGACAAUUUACGAUAAGCCAAUUAAAUAAGGAUUCAACAAUCAGAGAGAAAUUUAAAGUCACCGAUUUAUCAAAAUUGGCAAAAUGGAUAAGAUUAGAUGCUACAGUACUUUUAAAUUCGGACGUUCUAGACCUUGAAGUUUCAGCACUAGCUCUUCCAAUAGAGACAGGAAAAGACAAAAAUCCUGUUUUAAUAGUAAAAAAUAGCAAAACGCCACAACGAAACAAACGAUCGCCAAAUCUCUGCGAAGACGGAGCAACACAUUGCUGCUUGAAAGAUUACCACAUAUCCUUCAAAGACAUUGGAUGGGAUAGCUGGAUUAUUGAGCCAAGUGGAUAUAAAGCAAACAUUUGCAAAGGAUCGUGUGAAAAUCGAAUGGACAUGGCGGAAAACAACCAUUCUUCGAUCAUGAUCACCCUGCUGUCCAAAGGCAAGAUAAAAAUACCUGAUGAAAUUAAAAAUAGCAUCCACUGUAGUCCAAAAGAGUUUAAAGCAUUGCCCAUUAUCUAUAUCGCUGAAUCAGGGAUAAAAAUUAUUACUAAUCUACCUAAUAUGACUGUAACACAUUGUGCUUGUCGCUAAUGCUCUUAUUAUCAGUAUUAUUUCCAUGAUCAGUAAGAUUUAAUGACAAAAACCAUCGAUUUUUCGAAUUAUUGUAAUAAAUCAUUAUCCUUCUGUUACUUUAUACUAAUUUAAAAUAAUAAUUGCAGUUUUUAAAGGAAAAGAACAUUAGUUUCAUUUUUCCCAGAACUACUUUGUUUAGUCAAUUAUAGUCAGAAAAGAAUCAAAUUUUUCUUUAAAAUAAGAAAAACACUCUUUAAAAUAAGUUUAUUUUAAUUUUAAAUGCA